AAAGAAGAAAGAAACCGCAAAUGGCAAAGACAGGCCUCCACAGGAAGUGGCAAAGGAAGCAGUUUUCAGGCAGCCUUCUAUCAUAUCUCCAGCUCUGGUGCAGUUCCCACGGAGCAAAGUAAACUCGCCUGAAUCCCAGGUGUCAUUUGCAGACAGUAAAACUAAACUGUCAAGGAAUUCAUACCGUUCAGUACUUGUUAUUUGGACCAGCUUAAGGAGUCUUUGACGUAUCAGAUCAACUGGCAACAGAAAAUGAAAAGUAGCGUGGCACAAAUAAAGCAUUCUUCUAGUCAUGACAGAAGGGAAAACUAUAAUUCAUAUCAGAGGACCUCCUCUCCAGAAGACAGAUACAUGGAACAAGAAAGAUCCCCUCGGGAUAGAGAUUACUUUGAUUACAGCAGGUCAGACUACGAGCAUUCAAGAAGGGGACGUUCUUAUGAUGAUAGCAUGGAGUCACGAAGUAGAGACCGAGAAAAACGCAGAGAAAGAGAUGUGGAUCGGAAAAGGUCCCGGAAAUCUCCAUCUCCUGGGAGAAGAAGCCCAGAACCAUUGGUAACCCAGAGUUCCUCUGCUCAGGAUGAACCUACUGCAAAGAAGAAGAAAGAGGAGCUGGAUCCUCUUCUUACUCGCACUGGUGGAGCAUAUAUUCCUCCUGCAAAGCUCAGGAUGAUGCAAGAACAGAUUACAGAUAAAAACAGCUUAGCAUACCAGAGGAUGAGCUGGGAAGCCCUAAAGAAGUCCAUCAAUGGUCUGAUCAACAAAGUCAACAUUUCCAAUAUUGGUAUUAUUAUUCAAGAACUUCUUCAAGAAAAUAUAGUUAGAGGAAGAGGCCUGCUAUCCAGAUCUGUUUUGCAAGCACAGAGUGCUUCUCCAAUCUUCACCCAUGUUUAUGCAGCAUUAGUGGCAAUUAUCAACUCAAAAUUUCCACAAAUUGGAGAAUUAAUCCUCAAAAGGCUAAUUCUUAAUUUUCGAAAAGGCUAUCGGAGAAAUGAUAAGCCACUUUGUCUGACGGCUUCAAAAUUUGUGGCACAUCUUAUUAACCAAAAUGUGGCUCAUGAAGUUUUAUGCUUAGAAAUGCUCACUUUGCUCCUGGAAAGACCAACAGAUGAUAGUGUUGAAGUAGCUAUUGGUUUUCUUAAGGAAUGUGGUCUCAAAUUAACACAAGUGUCACCAAGAGGAAUCAAUGCUAUAUUUGAACGCCUUCGAAACAUUCUCCAUGAGUCUGAAAUUGACAAAAGAGUUCAGUAUAUGAUUGAAGUGAUGUUUGCUGUAAGGAAGGAUGGAUUCAAGGACCACCCUGUUGUCCUAGAAGGACUUGACUUAGUUGAAGAAGAUGAUCAGUUCACCCAUAUGCUCCCUCUGGAAGAUGACUAUAAUCCAGAAGAUGUUCUUAAUGUUUUCAAGAUGGAUCCUAAUUUUAUGGAGAAUGAAGAGAAGUACAAAACUAUUAAGAAGGAAAUUCUUGAUGAAGGAGAUAGUGACUCAAACACAGACCAAGAUGCUGGGAGUAGUGAAGAGGAGGAGGAAGAAGAGGAGGAAGAGGGAGAAGAAGAUGAAGAAGGACAAACGGUGACUAUUCAUGACAAAACAGAAAUUAAUCUAGUCUCAUUUCGUCGUACAAUUUAUCUUGCUAUUCAGUCAAGUUUAGAUUUUGAAGAGUGUGCUCACAAGUUGCUGAAAAUGGAGUUUCCUGAAGGUCAAACAAAAGAACUCUGCAACAUGAUACUUGACUGCUGUGCCCAACAAAGGACAUAUGAGAAAUUUUUUGGCUUAUUAGCUGGGCGAUUUUGCAUGCUAAAAAAAGAAUACAUGGAAUCCUUUGAAAGUAUAUUCAAAGAACAAUAUGAUACCAUCCAUCGGUUGGAAACAAACAAAUUGAGAAAUGUUGCUAAGAUGUUUGCUCACCUCUUAUACACCGAUUCACUUCCAUGGAGCGUUCUUGAAUGCAUAAAGCUGAGUGAAGAAACCACUACGUCCUCCAGUAGAAUUUUUGUGAAAAUAUUUUUCCAAGAACUGUGUGAAUACAUGGGUCUUCCUAAACUUAAUGGAAGAUUAAAGGAUGAGUAA